AUGGCGGACGACUUCCCUGACAGCGGAUCGAGGGACCGCUCCUACCCCAACAGAGACGACGACAACAACAACAACUACAACAACUACAGCCGCAGAUCGUCUCCUCGUGGACCUCGCGCGCAGUCAAACGACGCUACACACCAACGGUCUCCCGCGAGGAAUGAGCUCUCGUACGACGAUGCGCCCCCCGGCGACGGGCGGCAGGCGCGCCACCCGCGGGACUACUACUACCAAGAGUCCUCCGGCUGGGACGACGAAGGAACCCAUCGCGGCGACUACCGGGACAGACGGGAUCGUGACGGGCGUGACUGGUCGCGGUCGCAGGCCGACGAUGGCCAGCUGUACGACGACUACCGGGCUUCGGGCCGCCCUGCGUCGCCGUCUCGCAAGCUCCACCGAUCGCCCACCGAUACCAUCAUCUUGGAGGGCCUGGCGCCAGAUCUGACGUCAAACGAUGUUCGCGAACUCCUCGACAAGUCGUGUGACAUGUCGCGCUAUCUCGCCAUCGACGUCCGCCUGCCCCCCGGCCGGGCGAGGCGGGCCUUUGUGCAGUUCGGACACAUCGACGACGCUGUGGACUUUAUGCAGGCAUACCACUCGAGCCUGUCCUUUGAUUUUGACGAGGAUCCGAACGAUCGGUGGCCGGUGUACAUGCACUAUGCUCGCAGCAGCCGCGACGAACUCGACUCGCGGGGCGGUGCGGGCAAGGAAGACUGGAUCUGUCUCACCUGCGAGUUUUCCAACUAUGCCAGCCGCAUGAGGUGCAAGAGAUGCGGCGCGUCACCAGCGGAUGACGGUCCGCACGACAAUAUCACGGGCGAAAGCGACGCCGGUACCACGCCGUCCCAGAUUCUCGUGUUUUUCCCACUCGCUCCCUCCGUCACCGAAGACGUGCUUGCCGUCGGUGCCUCCAAGCUUGAGCUCGCCGAGAAGCGGCCCGCCCCCAAGCCAUCGGGGGAGGGCCCUCCAAAGCUCAAGUCGACAGCACCAACCGGGGACGGAGCCGGGUUUGGUGCCAAACCGGGAUCGCUGCACCGCGUCUUCUUGAUGCGGCAUCGGAACACGGACGAGUCACUCAAGUUUGGGUUUGCCGAGUUCUGGACGGUUGAAGACGCGCUCGCUGCGCUCGACAAAUUUAAGCGGCUGCGCACGUUCACCAUUGCGUCGGCAGCCGUCACCGUGUCGACAAUUCACUUGGGUGUGUUCGUGCCUGAGACGAGGGAGAUUCUCCCGCCGAUCGAGAAGCUGUCGUUCUUCCCACUUUUCAACCCGACGAUACGCGUCAAGUACUGGGAGUCGAGCGUGUAUCCCAGCCAAAAGCUCGUGACGGAGGCGGCCCCCGAGCAGCCGAAAGCCAAGAUGGACGAAGAGUCGGUCGACGGCGUCAAGAAGAGCAAGAAGCGCAAGGCGGAGGGGGCGCUUCCCGGGGCCUCGAAGAAGGCAGCCCCCAUGAUGGGCCAGAUGGCAUUCUGGCAGAAGAAGCACGACGAGAUUCACGAGGGCAAGAAGCAGGCGGAGCUCAACGCACAGGAGAGAGAGCAAGAGAUGAUGGCACGGUCGGGGGAGCGGGCGCCUGUGAAGAUUUCCCUCGCUGGGGGCGGCCUCCCGCCCUCGGGUGCUGAGAGUCGCGGUGCCAUCAAGAUGUCGCUGUCGAGCGGUGCCGUUGUGGCGUCUGUUUCUGCGUCUACAGCACCGACGUUGGCUGCUCCACGGAAGGAGACGGACGAUGCAUCUACACCCAAGGCCGAGGUGGCCCAAUCUGUCGCAUCCUACGUCGACCACGAAAAGGUGUGCUGCCUGCUCUGCAUGAUGAAGUACAAAUCACUCGACGACCUCAACACGCAUGAGCGGUCGAGGAAUCACAAGACGGCCAUGGCAGACGAGGCCAAGGUCAAGGCGGCGCAGCCGAGGAUAGCAGCACGCGACAAGCGAAUGGCCAAGGCCCUCGAGGAGGCUGGCGGACAAGGCGGCAGUCUGACCCCGCAGGACGACGACUCGGCACCGCAGUACAGGGACCGGGCGAAGGAACGACGACAAGUGUUCAGCCAGCCGAACAAACCAGGCGCGCCGCCGCCGGGUGCCAAGUCGGUUCCGCGCAGGGAUGACAACAGCAAGACGGGGGGCCGCGAGGCGUCUCCCCCAGUGGCGCCGCUGCAGUCCAAGGGGUCGGCGAUGCUGGCGAAGAUGGGCUGGAGUUCGGGGCAGGGUCUCGGGGCCAAAGGCGAGGGGCGCACCGAGGUCAUCGAGACGCACGCGUACCAGGAAGGCGUGGGCCUGGGUGCCGAGGGAGGCAACCUCGGCGAUGCGGCAGAGUUGGCGCGGCGCAAGACGACCAACAGCUACGCCGACUACGUUGACACGGUGCAGGACAAGGCACGGCAGCGGUAUAGCAAGCUCGAGUGA